AUGGGUGGAGGCAGACGAGGUCCUGAUCCUGUAGAGUGGCCUGCAGGUGUAUCGGAUGAGGUGUCCAAGUCCAUGUCCUGGUUGAAGGGCACUGAGUGGGAGUGGAACAACGAUGGCUUUACACUCAAACUGACACGCGAUCAAGAGAUUGAAGCGCCCAUCCAGCAGUGCCAUCACGGCUGCAAGUGGACAGCCGAAAAGGGCAAACUAUACCUGUUCAUUGGCAGUGCUGGUAUAUUUGAGCGGAUUGAUAAGGACCCGAAGCCAUCAAAGCUUGAAGGGCAGAGGCUUAGAGGCUAUUCAAGACGAAAUUCGCGCGAGCGAUUGAUGCUGACGUUCCACCGGAUUUUUGACCAUGAAGCUGUAGAUUUGGACAAGGAUCUUUAUGAAGUCCUCGGCAUUCCAGAAGAUUCAGAUGAAGCGACCAUCAAAAAGGUCUAUAGAAAAUUGUCCAUUCAGUAUCAUCCGGACAAAAACCCGGAUGAAGCGUCGAAGGCGAAGUUUGCGGAGAUCCGGGACGCAUACGAAAUCCUGAACGAUCCCGAUAAGAAAAUCCUAUAUGACACAGGUGGCAUGGCAGCCGUGAAGGAUUCCGAGAAGGGCAAGGUUGAAUCCACGGGUGAUUUGAAUUCAGAAAUUGAAGUGAAUCUUGAAGAUCUCUACCUUGGUCAACAGUUCCAAGCAAAGGCCCAUCUGGGUCUCGUGUGUAGAGGAUGCCGCAAGAAUCCAGCUUCUCCAAAUUGCAAGGGCUGCCGGAAAUGUAAGAAUCAAAUCAAAGUAGUUCAGGUGCAAAUGGGGCCAUUUCUCACCCAGCAACAACAAGAAGUUCCUAGCAAGGAAAAGUGCAAGGAGAUUGAUGCGCCUUUGGAUGUUCACAUUGAGAAAGGCAUGAGCAGCGGCGACACGGUCACUUUUCCCAGGAUGGCGGAGGAACGGCCAGGGAUGUUGCCUGGAAGUGUCAUUCUGAAGCUCAAGGCCAGGAAGCAUCCCAAGUUCCAGCGGAAUGGGAACGAUUUGCACACUGCACCGGUCUCGGCUGGGGAUUGA